AUGAGCUCGGUCACUCAGCAGGUGGGCAAUUAAAACGGUCUGCACCGUUUGCCCCGAGUCUUGUGACACCGGCAGCCAGGAGCAUUUGUUGACCAACAUUCAGCCACAGUUUAGCGUCGCGACAAUUAUGUAACUUUAUCCAAAAAAAAACAAACAACAAAAAACGAUGCAAAUAUUUGGCCACAGCCGUUGAGAAGUGUGCUGUCUAUCCGGUGCUUUGUCACGUUGCACAAAAGAAUCAGUUGAUGGAGCAUGGCGAUGGCUUCCUUAUUAGCAGACACUUCACUGUGUAAUCCAAAUAACACAGCUAGCGUGGCACUGCUAAGUGAACCACCGACCGUAAACGUGACAUGACCCACCGGCGACGAGAGAACAACUGUAUUCUCCGUUUCUACACUACCCGACACCGGCUAUAACAAAAAAGCGCCCAUGUGUUCAGGACGGCCGCAGCACAGCGCAUUAGCCUUUGACAGAUCCCACCGAUUUUACUAUGUUGUGUUGCUCCUCUGGGCUACACUCUGACCGCUGUUGUCCGUGUUACUUCCGUGUUCACCUGUUACACCUGUGUUACGGCGCCGUCCCGUACGUGCGACUUCUGCUCAGCCGGUGCACCUGCCGCGUUAAUGUGCCAUGUCGGAGCAGCUCAUAACGCGCGAUUUAACAUGUGUUCCCACAUCGAGGGACCCGGGGGAGGCUCCGGACGCCGCGGGGAGCGGGGAGAUGGAUUGCGAGCAGCCCAUUUUUUCCGCGCUGAGCGAGGCGCGGGACACGGCGGCGCCGAGCGGCGGCGGGGCGGCCUCGCCGGCCGCGACCACCUCCGACGCCGAGUCCGAGGUCCUCUCGGGCGAGUGCCGGCUCUGCGCGGAGCACGAGUCCGAGCUGGACUGGUUCUGUCGCACCGAGCAGAGACUCGUCUGCUCUCAGUGCGCCGUCGCGGGCUCCUGCCACGGACACGCUGUGACCCCCUUGGCCGCCAGAGUCGCCGCAGUCAGGAAUCAACUGGUGGAUGUGUGUGAGAAAAUGCAACUGCAGGCGCAGAGGAUUGAAAGAUUUAGUGACCAGACACUGACAGCCAAAGAGCAAAAGCUUCAGGCGGCGGCGAGCAGGGCGAGGGAGCAGGUGCUGGCUCAGGUCAGCGCGGUGCGUGAAGCCCUGGAGGAGGAGGAGCAGCGUCUCUUGGAGGAGGUGCAGAGAGAAGAGGAGCGGGUGGAGCAGUGUCUUCUCACCCAGAAAGCCCACUGGAGCCAGGCUUUGGCGAGUCUGUCACAGACACGCUCACGUCUGGUGCACACACUGACGGACAGUCCAGAUGAACAGCUGGCGACUAGUGUCCAGGACAUCGCUGAAAGGGUGGAGGCGGCAGAGGGGGUCGGGGAGCCCUGUGAUACAGACCAGCUCAGCAUGAACCCACGCUGCAGUGACAGCAAGCUGCUGAGAGGUCUGUGGGCCACUGCUGUGCUGCUUGGCCCAAAAGCUUACGGAUCUUAUUUGAAGUUUGACCAGCGCACAGUGAGCCCUCUCCUGUCCCUGUCCGAUGACUUUUGCACUUUGACCUUCCUCUACAAAAAACCCCGCCAAUCCCCUCCCUACGACCCAGCACGAUUCGACCAUUGGCCCAACGCACUGGGUUCACUUUCUAUGUCCUCCGGCACCCACAGCUGGGUAGUGGACGUAGGCCAGAGUGGUGCCUUUAAGGUCGGGGUCUGCUAUGCCUCUUUGGAGCGCAAAGGCUCUGGGAACGAGGCGCGGCUGGGCUACAACACUCAGUCCUGGGUGUUGUCCCGCUACGAUGGGGACUACUCCUUCUGCCAUGCGGGGAAGAAGGUGCCCCUGCAGGUGGUGACAACACCCCAGAGGAUCGGCCUGCUGCUGGACUGGCCGAGUCAGACGCUGCUGUUUUAUGAGCUGGACUCCAGCACCGUGCUGUACUCUGUCACACAACACUUCAGUGCCCCACUGCUGCCGGCGUGCGCGGUGACUGACCGCAGUAUCACCAUACUGCACUGACACACUGUCCACACUGCCAAAAAACUACAUUACCUUAAACAUGUGAAGAAAUGCAAGGUAGGGACUCUCUCUAAUCUAAAUAUGUAACAGCAUCGGUUUGUUUUUCUAUUUGCUGUGGUAGCUGCUGAUUCUCUUUUUUACUGUUUUUAAUUAUUUAAUAGGUUUAAAAUUCUUUAUCUGUUGAUCAUAUCAUAGAGUAGUUGUGCUAUUAUGACUGACAAUAAUUAUUUUUUUUUAUUAAGUUAGUUUUUGUUUAUAACAUGAUCGCUUGAACAAUCAGUUUGAUCCGUGUAUUCGUGACACUUCCCCAAGACUCGUUCUAGAAAAUAUUAAUUGUGCUGGUUGAUCCAGGACUA